CGUCGACAUGUGCAAGACAGGCUGUCAUUGCGGUCCUCGCAGCUCAAGCACCACCAUCACAAUCACGAAUCACGAAUCACCUUUUCACGACUGCGCUUUCCCGCCAACGACUUUCGAUUUCACGACACUCAUACCAUCACGAUUUACGAGCGCAGUGCUUGAUCGAUCGAUCGAUCGAUCGACCGAGUCGGCCGCUCGAACACGAGCCAAAUCGCAUACACCCACCUGAUUCGUACGGUGCAUUUGCAGCUUCCCCUAUCCCACCCCCAGAGCACCGUUCGUGUAACGCACUGCAGACCACCCACGCCACGCCACGCCACGCCACGCCACGAUGUUUGCUCCGCAAUAUCCUCAAGCAGGUGUCUCUUUCCCACAGCCCACGCCCGCUUCUCCAGCACCGGCGCCACCCUCCGAGUCGGGCAUUGUGCGACGUCGCUCGUUGAGUUGGAGAGCAGAAGCCGGUCUGCCACCACCUCCCUCAGAGAUUGACAACUAUGUCGACAUUUCUCGAGCCAUGUAUUCUCCCAACGCUCCUCCGCCUGAAGGUCGACGACCCCUUUCCCGUUCUGCGCAAAAGACGUACGCGGAUGUGGAGAGGGAGCAAGAGGCGUAUGCUCGGGCGAAUGGGAGUGGACAGGCAGAGACGAAGUGGCACGAUGCCGCGCCUAUGAAUGCCGUAUCGAAGCAUCCCAAAUUGCAGCUCAAGCUGGUUCUCGCUAGCAACGUCUUUGAAGCUGGUGGCGCGAUCAGCGGUCAUCUUGAGCUCACCUGCUCCACAGGUCAGAGGUUGAGGUUGGGCGAAUUAGCAGUCGAGCUGGAAGCUUUCGAGGAAUUGUCAUCGCGAGAUCAUGCUGCCACUCAAAUCUUCUUGUACAAUCGCACGCUUUUCCAAGGCGAGCACCUACCGCCCUCCAAUGCAGUCCUGCCCGCCGCACCGGUCUCGGGGUAUUGGGCGGCGAGGAAAGGCCGCACCACCUUUCCUUUCUCCUUUAAACUUCCCACGUCUGCCCCAUCAUCGGUAGCGUUCGCUGCCAACGCCUCGCUGCGGUACGUCAUCAAGGCGACAUCACAGACCUGGUGGAAUGAUCAAAAGACGCUGGUCACCGCAAAGAUGGACGCACCCGUGGUGGAGCGAUGGGAAGAUGAAUUUUCUGAAGCGUACUCCGAGCCCAUCGAGGCCGUCGCAGACACGCGAUUGUUCAUGGGAGGCAACGGUGCCGUCUGGCUCGAGGCUGGCAUCACCGAACAGCUCCACACUGCCGGAUCAUCCGUGCUGCUACGCUGCGGUGUCAAGAACAACACCAAGCGACACCUCUCUGGCUUGAAAGUCGCUGUAGCUCGCAGACUGAGCUUUCCCGUAUCUGGUCCACCCGGCCAACCGGCCAAGCGACCGUCUCUGGAACCUCAAAUCACCGAGGUCAUUGACACUCAAUCCUUCAAAGGGCCUGCUUACGAAUUUCCCGCAGGCGAAGAGGUGGUGGUCAAUCUGGCAGUCGAUCUUCCGCGUGACGCGCGAACCAUUCGAAAGACGCGCCUGUUCGAGAUUCAGCUCUUCUUGGUGGUCAGCGCUCAGAUGGGCAAUUUCGCAAAGGAUUUAUCUGUAGAGGUGCCAUUCUACUGUGCUCAUGCUGCGAGUCUCCAGAGACCUGCCUCGAACAAUCUGGAUGAUCUGCAUCAACGGCCUACGCACGCCCAUUGGCAACAGCAGCACGCCCAUCACCGGGGCCAUUCAACGGCGCAAAGACCUCACUCGUCCAUGGGUCAGCACGGCUCUCACCAAGCGCUCCCCCAGCGAGCACCUUCCCGCGGGCCCCUGCCUCCUCCUUCGCCACACACGUUUGGUCAGCCUAGUGCUUAUGGCUCGCCGGACAUGAACGCCCUUGCAGAGUACGGAGCUCAGCGAGGCUGGUCUCCUGCGCCUGGAGUCAUGAGCGCGGGACCUCCCAGCAGGCCGGCUUCCGCUGCGCCCGCUCCACCCGUCUCUGGAUACGCUGGUCAGCUCGUCGCGGCGUCGCCCCAUCUACCGCACGCGCAACAGCAAUAUGCAUGGGAUCCCAACGCCCAGGGUUGGACUGCCAGCACGUUCCUGCACGGCAUCAAUGGCUUGCUUCCAGGAUCCACGCCGCCCGCGCCGGAUCAGUCAUUCGCUGCUGCGGCAAUUCCUCGUUCGGCCAGCGCUGCACCAAAUGUCGGCGCUCAAAUGAGCGCUUGGAACAAUUUCCCACCAGCACAUUUGCAGGCCAGUCAGCAGUUGCAACAGGCCCCGCCGCACCGUAGCGUCUCCGCCUCUCCGGGUCCUGAAGCCCAAAUGAGUCGACAUGCAGGCCGAAGGGUGAGCGCACCUGCCGCUGGCGGUAGCUAUCUGGCCCCUGGACCCGAAGCUCGGGACAUUCCUCCUCCUCAGCACCAUCAGCAACAAGUACCGAGGAACAUUUUUGCGUCCCCUUCCCCUAACAUCCUGCACACCCCUCAGGCCUCCUCGCCGUCUCCUCUGGUCUCUUCUCAGAUCUUGCACGGCGUGCCCGCUCCUGCCAGCGAUGGCCACAAUGUGGAAGGUCUGCCUCAAGAUGCGCCAUUGGCGGGUCUGGCGACGAUCGAAGAGGAUAACGAAUCGAUGGCUGGCACGGUGCGAAGUGUCAAAGCUUUGGCUGGCUUUGCUAACCUGACCGGGAGCGGGAGCGUCACCAGAAGGGACGUGGACGCGUUCGAAAGGAUGGUGAAUGGAGACGGCGACGUCGCGCCUGCUUCGGAGCGAGAAAAGGCCAUGAUGAAGAGCAUGGGAAUGGUCCCAGAGGACGCUGCUAUCGCUCUCAAGACCGCACCCGAUGUGCACCCCACAAGCGACGCACGCACACUCUCUCAAGUGGUAGAGGACGACAAGAGCUUGCCAAAGCCGCCGGUUCCUUCGGGUAAAGACACUGCCAAGGCAGCGCCAAGGCCCCGCGCGAGCGAUUUGUUUAGCGCCCCGUCUCAAAGCCCUAAACGGGGCGCCUCGCCUGAGGCUAUCGCAGCAAAGAGCUCGAAGCUUGAGCCAGCAACGAGCGGUAGGAGGUCGUCUCAGGGCAUCGCGCUCAACGCAUUGGAAGAGAGGCUCAAAUCGCCAGCCCCCACUAGCCCCACCGUCCCUCAGAGCACCACGCUCGCCAACGUACCGCGCUCUUCUGACAGCAAGGUCACUAGCGAGCGGAGAGAAAGCGGAGCACUCCGGGCAGCGGCGGCUGCUGCCAUGGAGCGCGAGAGGGCUGCUCGAGAGCAGAGCGCAAACUCUUCCGCCCAAUCGACUCAAAAGAAGAGUGCCGCGGCAGACGGUGUCGCCAGCGCUUCAACCACCAAUACCGCUGACGCUGAGCGCCGGCGACGCGAGAAAGAUGCCGCGCUGAGGGAGGCCGAGGUGCGCGAGAGAACAAGGCAGAGGGAGGAGCGCGAGAGAGCAGCUCAUUUGGAACGGGAGCGAAAGCUGUCGGAAUCGCGAGCUGCCGACAUUGCGAGCAAGAGCAGCAACGCGCUAAGCGAGCGCGAUCGUGUAGGAUCGAACCUCAGUCUGGACAGGAGCGCCUCGAGCAGUAAAGGUGUGCCGGGCAAUGUCCGAAAGGAGGUCGAUCUGGAUGAGGUCAGGCAGCUGAACAAGAUGGCGGUCAACCGCGUCGGUGGCUGGCUCACCGAAACGCCCGCUUCCAACGCCGGAUCUUCCGCAAACAUCGCUGCGACUGCUGCCUCGGCGCCUCUAGGCGCUUGUGAACCCGAUCCUGGACCCAAGACCCCGCCACAGUCUUAUCUGCGCGACGCCGAUCAUGAAAAUGCAGCCUCGUCGACGACCAUCUCUCCGGCGCUGCGCGCCCUCAUCGACAACGCGCCCCAGAGAAGCGCGCCGAAGCCCGGCACCGCGAUUUUGACUCAAUCCGCCUCAAGACGCUUCUCGGGCGGAUUGGCGACCCAAAAGGCAGACUCGAACGAGAAAGCCGCAGAAGGCACGUCGGCUUCGGCAUUGACGGCCAAGCCCUCUUCGAUCUCUGCUAGGAGUCGACGCACCUCGAUGCCAGCUGUCUUGGCAGCUGCACAAGCUACCCGAACCGCCUCCACAUCAUCAGCAUCCUCUCGCAACAUCGAAACGGCCAGCGUGACGUCUUACACCAAGCUGGCGGCACAGAAUGACAAGAUCGUAGCAUCUGUGAUUGCUCCGCCAGCAAAUUCGACUAAUGUGUCUGGAGCCACCGGCCUAGCAGCGCGCAAGUCGAUGCUGGAGAAGAAUUACCAGUCAGACGCCGCUGGCUCCAAGUCUGCUGCUCAGGGCUCAGCAGCCCUGCCCACUUCGGGAGCUGCUGAUCGCGAAAGAGGAGGCAGAGUGAUGAGCGUUGCUAGCAUGUGGGCUUCUAUCGCCGAAGGCAAAGAUGGCAGCAGCAUCAGCUCCGUGGCGUCGACGUCGACUUUGAACGCGCGGCCAAAGGCGAGAACGUCGACUGCCGGAGCGCCUGCGCUCGAUUUCAGUACAAACAAGACGAACGCCGCCGCGCCGAUCGCCAUCGAAUCUGACCUGGCAUCGAACGGCUCUCGACAGCCAAAGAGCCCUCCUCUCAAAGCGACGCGAGCUGCUGGUUUCAUCAACACGACGAUGCCUCGACCCGUCUUUUCACAAGCGAGCGCGGGUGCUGCGUCCCAUGGCGCACCUAGCAGCAGCGCGCCAAUAGCUGCUUUAGACAAAUCGACGCGCAAAGUGUUGCCUGGUCACGUCACUGGAGCUGAAGAUAAAUCCGGUCAGCUGCGAGCUUCCCGGCAAGACAUUUCGGACCGCGUCGCCUUCGAAGCCAAGGUAGGGGCUAGAAAGACGCAGGAGGAGGCGAUGGCUGUGGCACGUGCCAACGACGACCAAGUAUCGGACAAGAAGCUGCCAAAAGUCUCCACGUCGCUGGAAGGAAGGGGAACGACCAGACCGAUCGGGAAAGCUCGCAUGAACGAUCUCAGGAGCAUGUGGGAGCAGUAGAGAGGCAUUUGGCGACCUGCGUGCCUUUGCUCUCGAUAUGGACAAUGUGCAUCUCGCACGAAUUUGUGACUCUUUGCUUUAUCUGUUGUUUGGAAUAAUCAUCAUGUCUUGCCUCUGGA